GUUUGUUAGAAAACGGGUAGGGAAGCGAACAACACGGUUGUGACACUAACGAUAUUAUUGCGGCUGUAGUUUCAUGCGAUCAAGAGACGGAGCCCGUAAUAGAAGGCCGGUCCAACCAUGGGAAUAUCACAGUUGUCCCUGCCAAAACAAAACGAGGACCAGAAGAGCCUGACUGAAGAUUCAGAGUCUAACACAGAGGAUGAUAAACAUGAUGUGUCACAGUUUCCAUAUGUUGAAUUCACAGGCAGGGACAGUGUCACUUGUCCAACUUGUCAAGGGACUGGAAGAAUACCAAGAGACCAAGAAAACCAGCUAGUUGCUUUGAUACCAUACAGUGACCAAAGACUGAAGCCAAGACGAACGACGCUGUAUGUGUUUGUGUCAGUCUUUGUGUGUCUGCUGCUCUCCGGUCUGGCCGUGUUCUUCCUAUUCCCCCGGACGAUUGACGUCUCUUAUGUUGGUGUCAAAUCAGUCUACGUAACCUAUGAUAGAGACCAACGAAUAAUCUACUUAAAUAUCACGAAUACUCUAAACAUCACCAACAAUAAUUACUUCCCAAUACACGUGACCAACAUCACAGCACAUGUGCAGUUCUACAAGACUGUUAUUGGAAAGUCUCUCAUCAGUAAUGUCACCACAAUUAUCCCACUGGACAUGAAACAGAUUGAUUACACUGUUCCCACCAUCAUAGCCAAUGAGAUGAACUACAUAUUUGACUACUGUACCAUGCAGUCAAUUAAAGUGCAUAACAUAGUUGUCAUGAUGCAGAUGACAGUAACCACUGUGUACUUUGGCCACGCUGAGCAGAUUUCACAGGAAAAAUACCUGUAUGUGGACUGCGGCUCAAACACAACCUCCUCUCGUGGACCCAUGAAUGUUAUACAGUGAUGCUCUUUCUCAUAACUUCUCAUGUAGUGGUACAAAAUCGACCUGCUAUGACCUGAGCAUUGCUGAAGCUAGAAGAAUAAAGUCCAUGCAAUGCAGGGUAAGGAAUGUAAGGAAAUAGGAUGGAGGCAAGAAUAUUUACUUAUGACUGAAAAACAGUCAAUUAACUUAUGACUCCUUAAUCUUUUUAUGUUUGUUUAUGUUUCUGUUUGUUUGUUCAUGUGACUAUUGUCAAAACUUUAUUAUUGUUAAACGGUGAGCUGUGAUUAUUUAAGGGAAAAAUCUGGAAUCAUUUACUUACUUUCAUGUAAUUCAAAACCUGUAUGACUUUCUUUCUUUCUUCCUCCUGUGGAACACAAAUGUAGGUUUUAGUCAGAAUCUUAGGGACUCAACUUCAUUGUACUGGAAAGAGCAGUGUCAAUAUUUUUCAAAAUGUCUUAUUUUGUAUUCCAUGGAUGAAAGUAAAACGGCAUACUGGUUUGGAACGACAUGGGGGUGAGUAAAUAAUUACAGAAUUUUCAGUCGUGCACUUAUCAAUCUAUUUUUCACCUUUUGUAAAGCAAGUAUUUUUUAUUUUUUUCAUAAAUGAAUAUGAUAGAAGCAUGUUUAAAUGCAAUAACAUUAACUGGAAAUGCCAGCAUGUUUUUGGUCUGCAGGUGUCUGGCAACUUUGGCUCCAGCAUUCAGAAGGUCACAGGAUUAUGAAAAUUAAAUUAAAUAUUGGGGGGACUAGGUUAAUACUUAUUCAAAUCUAUUUGUGUGUUUAUUGCUAUGGUAAGAAAUGAAUUAUUUUUGUUCAAAGGGAAUGUUUAGAAGAAGGUCUGUGUAAUUAACAGAGUGUUUGAAUGAUGUCACCACAUGUUUCUAAAUUAUGAAAUUUGAAAACACUGCUUCCAGGUUUAUGAUUAUGAUUUUUUUAAAUUGGGUCAUCCUUACACCAAUACCAAAUCUGAUCAGGUGACAAUUAAAUAAAUUGCAAUUUUUUUUAAAACUCUUAAGGGGAACUGAGGAAUACCAUACUAGGAAAAUGAAUAUACUGAGGUCAGCCUCAGUCAAAGAAAAACAGUUAAUGGAGAAGAGACUAUAAAAAAUAUUUGUUUUAUGGAAGUUUGACUUCUGUUGAUUGAUGUCAAUGAAUUUAGAUUAAUUUGGUUUGCAAGGGCAACGUGUUAUUUUGCAAGGAAUUCACUUUGUUGUAAUAUUUUUUUUAUCAUGCUUCAUGGGUCAGUGGAUGCCCACCAUAAAUUAUUUUCCUUGACAUUGAUGUAGAUCAUUUAAUACCUAUAUAUAUGUAUUAAAUAUAUUUAAUAGUUUUUCCUGGCUUUUCAUUUAAAAUUUCUUUUUUUUUUUUUAACAUGAUUUUUGAAUGGAUUCAAUUUUAUUUUUAGAGCAAUGGUUUAUCAAUAAAGUUGAAUU